GGGGAGGACGGGAGAGGGACGAGGAGGAGGAGGAGGAGGAGGAGGAAGAGGAGGAGGAGGAGGAAGAGGAGGAGGAGGAAUAAUGAAGCUCCGGCACUCUCUUCUGAGAUUAUUUGCAUUGCUCCUGACAUCUUUUGCUGCUUGGUAUUUGGGAUAUUUGAUUGCUGAUCAUGUAGACCAAAACACACUAUCUAUUGCUGCACUUGAAGAGAUGGUAAAGAAACCAGUGUUGAGGGCCCCAGUCCCCAAAAGGCAGAAAUGUGACCACUGGUCUCCCUGCCCGCCUGGGAACUUCGCCUAUCGCAUCCUCAGUGGCGGUGGCAAACAGAGGAGGGCUAAAAUUUGCUUUGAGGAUGAGCAGCUUAUAAAUGACAAGAAUGAAGCUGGAAGUGGUAUAAACAUUGCCAUUGUGAAUUAUAAAACAGGACAACACAUGUCAACAAAUUUUUUUGGAAUGUGGGCAGCAGACCACUCACGGGAGAUGGCAGAUUACAUCAAGAAGGCACCAGAAGGAACCCUCCUUCUGAUGGCCACUCAAGAUGAUGCGAGCACCAGGUUGAAAGAUUACACCAAAAAAUUAGUGGAAGAACUGGGAAGUAAAGAAAUAAUGAAUAUAAAGUUCAGAUCAAGUUGGGUUUUUAUAGCUGCCAAAGGCUUCAAACUGCCAGAUAAUAUCCAAAAAGAAAAGAUAAACCACUCUGACCAGAUGAAGGACAGAUACAAAGGCUGGCCAGCUGAAAUCCAAAUAGAAGGCUGUAUCCCAAGAAACCUGAUCUGAACAAAUACAUACCUCAUUAAUAAAGACAGUUCUAUAUUUUCAUAUCUGUGACUUUAUUAAAUUGCCUCCAGAACUCAAUAAGCUUCUGAACACCAA